CUGCUGCACCUUUCAGGACAGGGAACUCUGGUCCAGGAGAGUCUUUCCCAGUAAGGCACAAAGAGAGUGGAUGUUUAAAAAACUGGUUCUGGUCUUGGUUCAGGAAGGCCCUGAAGUCCAGUUCUGCCAUCAUCACAUCAGCUGACCCUCCCAUGGUGUCAGCCAAUCAUCUUUCAUGUUGUUAAAUGUGAAAACGUUCAUCCUGGCUCCUCUGUUAACCCCUGUGUGACCAACUCUGAGCUGACACUCUGCUGACUCCGCCCCUUCUCUCUCUGCAGGAGCUCUGUAGACUAUGUGGCCCCCACCCAGGACCUCUCCCACACCCCCCUGAUCAUCCCCAGCUCCCCCACAGACCCUGAGGAUGAACACGGUGAAUGAAUGAAUGAAUGAAUGAGUGAAUGAGUGAACGUCUGCUGCAGCUUUAGAGACAGAAAACCAACAUGAAACUCUAACACUGUCCGUCUGUCUGUCCCAGCUGUAGAUGAACUCAUGGACACGGCAGCGCCCCCUGAAGGACGAGCGGGGAAAAAGGAGGAGCCGAUGGACACAGACACUGCCUCCAAGCCCCACCCCUCUGCCUCUACACCUGUUUCCCAGAAUCCACCUGGUUUUGCGUUGGAGCGGACUCUCUCUGUGCCCUCUCAGCCCGAGUUCUCUCAUGUAGGUCCUGAAUUCGAUUAUUAUAUUUUAUGAUAUUAUAUGAUCUAUGAUAUUACAGCUGUGACUGAUACAGACCUCGUGAUUAAAAACUGGGAUGACCGACCCUGACCUCACAGGGAUCAGGCUCCGCCCCCUGCAGGUCUCCUCAAAUGUCGUGUUUGUGUUUUCAGGACGUGUUUGUCCCGACUCAGAGCCAGGAGACGCCUCAGCACUCGGAGAAGAGGAGGACGCCAUCUCAGUCUCAGAGGGGGGACUCCGUUCCCGUCUGUCUGCAGCUGUCCGUCAACUCUCAGAGCGCCCGGUCUGAUCAGCUGACCUCGGACCAGCCUGGCGAGGACAGUCAGGCCACACAGAUCGAGGAUCUAACCGAACCCGCCGUUGACGUCUGUGAUUCUGUGACGUCACGUGGCGAGCUGAGCAAAGUCAGCUCACAGUCACAGUCACAGACCGCCUCCAGGUCUCAAACCAAGCUGUCCGCGGAGAGUCAGAACCAUCAGAGCGAGCGGACCGACCGGUCUGAUCGCCAUAGAAACGAUGAGGAUGCUCUGAAGGUCAAAAACACGACAGUGACACACAGACAUGCUGACAGAGGAAAGGUCAACUCUCAGUCUGACUCCUCUGAGAGAAACAGCUGUGUGCAGGACACGCCCACCGGCCCCGCCCCUCUGACCCCUCCAAAAUCUGAACAGGUGAUGAAGACUGCUGCUCACCUGAGAGGAGGAGGAGGAGGGGGAGGAGACUCUGACGGUGAGAGUGAAGCAGGAGGGCGGAGCAAGACCGCCAGAGACACUGAGGAGGAGGUGAUGGAAGAGGAGGAGAGCACAGGGGGCGGGGCUUUAGGGAUGGCUCUGGUCCUCUCUCAGAGUCAGCUGAUAGAGAGGAGGAGGAGGAGGACAGAGAGGAAGAGGAGGACAGCGUCAUCAUCGUCACAGAGAGCAACAGAAACUUUCAGAGCAGACGCUCAAAGAUCAGCAGCUCUCAGCCAAUCAGAGGCAACGUUAACGUCUCCUCCAAUGGGCAUCAGAACAAGAGGCUGCCCUCUGAUAGGCUGUCUCAGCCUGAGAGGGCGGGGCCUGAAGCAGAGGGGCUGAAGGAGAAGAGUUUGAGUGACAGCUCAGGAGGUUGGUGGCCAUACAUAUACACAUAUACACACGAACAAACACACACAGAAAAACACACACUGAUGAGGUCGAUUAAAGAUUAGUUCCUGGGUCUAAAGUUCCUGGUACAUGAGGUGUAAACUCAGGCGUAGGUGGGGUGUUGAUGUUGGAGUUGGUGUCGAGAGGAUCAGGACGCCGGCGCCACGUUAAGAGUGAUGUAGCUCUUCGCUCUGUCAGGUGUUUUCAUGUUUAUUUCUGUCGUCAGCCUGAUUUAUCAAUCUGAUUUUUCUGCCUCAGAGAUUUCCUUCCACUUCACCCUGCCGAAAGAGGGGGAGCUGAUUGGUCCUGCUGUGGGAGCCACGCCCCCUCUGAUUGCCCAACUGAAGCAGACGCUGAGACACAGCACUCCUAUUGGUCGGUUUACCUGCAGCAGCUGCACAGAAUGGCGUCUCUCUCUCUCUCUCUCUCUGCGGAGUAAUGAUCUGAUGUUGUUUCCUGUGUCUCUCGGCAGAGAUCUCCUCCUUCUCCGAGAAGUCCGCUGACGUCUCUGCUGACGUGGCGAUGGCGGCGAGCGACAUCGUGUCGGGGGAGAGCAGGGAGGACUCGGGGGAGAGGGGGGAGGGGAAGCUGAGUCUGAGGAUGAAGCUGGUGACCCCCGUGGAGGAGGGCAGCUCAGGGUGCUUCAGCCUGCAGAGUAAGGCCGUCUGCACGCCGUGACAUCAUCACAUCAUGCAUCACAUGACCCACAUUUUAGUGAGAGGAUAAUUUCCAUGGAAACGAUGCAGGUAAAGUCGUUAAAGUCCUCUCUGUCUUCCUCAGAGCCUGUCCUGUCAGAGGGGGAGGGGCCUGUGCUGAAGGUGUCCUCUGCUCACCAGGUCCUCAACAGGUGAGCUGAACACCGGAGAGGCUGUGUGUGUGUGUGUGUGUGUGUGUGUGUGUGUGUGUGUGUGUGUGUGUGUGUGUGUGUCUAUCGGGUCUCUAAUGUGUCUCUUAUGUCUCAGCAGUCCAUCAGUCUUCAGCCGGGUCAGACAGGUCCACAGACAGCAGGACACAGCUGAUGACCAGGAUGCAGAAGACAGCACACCUGUCAGGUAAACAGCACACCUUUACAGCACAGGUGAGACAGACAGGGCUGUACCUCUCCCCUCCUCUGAUGGCAGCACGCAUUCAUAGUUUACACUGAACCAGGACAACGAGCAACAGACCCAAACUGGCCAAUCAGCAAACAGGAAUCAGUGUGUGAGGUUUUAUUGGUUCUGAGUUUGACCCUAAACCAGGAGGGUCAACAUUGGAGAACUAAUGUCAGGGCAGGACAGUGCGUCUAAAAUAGACGUGUGUGAAAAUGUAAAAUGUAUUUAGGGUCACGUGAGCAUAAAAAAAAAUCAACAAAUGUUUUUUCCUGUAAAUACGGCGGUGAAGUUAGUUUCAGGUUGGAUAUAUUUUCCUGUAAAUACGGCGGUGAAGUUAGUUUUAGUUUGGAUAUAUUUUCCUGUAAAUACGGCGGUGAAGUUAGUUUCAGGUUGGAUAUAUUUUCCUGUAAAUACGGCGGUGAAGUUAGUUUCAGGUUGGAUAUAUUCUCCUGUAAAUACGGCGGUGAAGUUAGUUUCAGGUUGGAUAUCUGACGGACAUUCUCUGAGGAUCUACCGGUGUCUUCUCACUCUCCAUAACCGGGAAUAACAACAGCAGCGCGGUUAAAUCUACUCGACACCCUCACUGUCAACGUCGGUGUUGAAUAAGGGACCGUCAAUAAAUAACCGGUUGAUGUUCUCAGAAAAGGCUGUUUUCCUUCAAUAGCUUCACUGUCAUGUGACCAAAAGACCUAAAAUUGAUUUCUAAUAAUAGUACUAAGGUCCAUCAAUAAGAGAAACAUUAUUUGAUAAAUUUUCAUUGUUCCCCUGAAGUUCUUUGUGCUCCUUACUUUUUUAACUCAGGAGAACAUGUGAACAAAGUUAGAGUCUGACCCUGAAUGUUUACUGACCUGCAGAAGCUCCUCGUGUCUGAGUGAUUCAUGGAGCUGUUUCCUCUGUUCCAAAGUGUAAGGAGGCACUGACACAUUCCUGCUGUGAGUUAGAGAGAGAGAGAGAAAGAGAGAGAGAAAGAGAGGGAGAGAGAGGGAGACCUACUUAGUGAGGUGAGGUGAGGCUGGUUAUUUCCUGCUCGUGGUCCUCUGGGACGGCUGGAGCUGUUUUCUCCUCUCUCUCUCUCUCUCUGACAGAGUCAGGUCAGUAGAUGAAACGUUACCUGAACACAGAGAGGAUUCGAACCCUGGACUCUGUGUUCACUGUGCUGUCUGUAUUUUACAGAUAAUUAUACUGUCACUUAAAGCCAAACUGAAAUCAAACCUCCUCACUCGGACUUGUUAGACUGCAAGAGUCCAUAGAUUAAAGAAUUGAUGUUCUUGUCCACAGGGGGGAGCUGUUCGCCUCUCCUCAGAGGAGUUCUCAGGCCUCCCUGGGGUGUAACAGCAUCUCGAACAGCCAAUCAGAGCAGCAGGUGUUUACAGCUCCACAGCAGACCUCAAAGGAUCCUACAGGUCCAGCAGAGCCAUCUAAAGUCAGACCAGGACCCCCUGAAGCUCCUCAGACCCCAAGCAGAGCCAGAGUCCCCUCCCAGAUCUCUGAGAACAACAUCAGCCCGAGCCAGAACAAAACGGUCAGUAACACCUGCUUUAAACCGGUUUUUAAACCUGCUCCUCACCUGUUUUUAAACCUGCUCCUCACCCAUUUUUAAACCUGCUCCUCACCUUCUUUAAACCUGCUCCUCACCUUCUUUAAACCUGCUCCUCACCCGUUUUUAAACCUGCUCCUCACCUUCUUUAAACCUGCUCCUCACCUGUUUUUAAACCUGCUCCUCUCCUGUUUUUAAACCUGCUCCUCACCUUCUUUAAACCUGCUCCUCACCUUCUUUAAACCUGCUCCUCACCUGUUUUUAAACCUGCUCCUCACCUUCUUUAAACCUGCUCCUCACCUGUUUUUAAACCUGCUCCUCACCUGUUUUUAAACCUGCUCCUCACCUUCUUUAAACCUGCUCCUCACCUUCUUUAAACCUGCUCCUCACCUGUUUUUAAACCUGCUCCUCACCUUCUUUAAACCUGCUCCUCACCUUCUUUAAACCUGCUCCUCACCUGUUUUUAAACCUGCUCCUCACCUUCUUUAAACCUGCUCCUCACCCGUUUUUAAACCUGCUCCUCACCUGUUUUUAAACCUGCUCCUCACCUUCUUUAAACCUGCUCCUCACCUUCUUUAAACCUGCUCCUCACCUUCUUUAAACCUGCUCCUCACCUGUUUUUAAACCUGCUCCUCACCUGUUUUUAAACCUGCUCCUCACCUUCUUUAAACCUGCUCCUCACCCGUUUUUAAACCUGCUCCUCACCUGUUUUUAAACCUGCUCCUCACCUUCUUUAAACCUGCUCCUCACCUUCUUUAAACCUGCUCCUCACCUUCUUUAAACCUGCUCCUCACCUGUUUUUAAACCUGCUCCUCUCCUGUUUUUAUACCUGCUCCUCACCUCCUCACCCAUUUUUAAACCUGCUCCUCACCUUCUUUAAACCUGCUCCUCACCCGUUUUUAAACCUGCUCCUCACCUUCUUUAAACCUGCUCCUCACCUUCUUUAAACCUGCUCCUCACCUUCUUUAAACCUGCUCCUCACCCGUUUUUAAACCUGCUCCUCACCUUCUUUAAACCUGCUCCUCACCUUCUUUAAACCUGCUCCUCACCCGUUUUUAAACCUGCUCCUCACCUUCUUUAAACCUGCUCCUCACCUUCUUUAAACCUGCUCCUCACCUUCUUUAAACCUGCUCCUCACCUUCUUUAAACCUGCUCCUCACCCGUUUUUAAACCUGCUCCUCACCCUCUUUAAACCUGCUCCUCACCCAUUUUUAAACCUGCUCCUCACCUUCUUUAAACCUGCUCCUCACCUUCUUUAAACCUGCUCCUCACCCGUUUUUAAACCUGCUCCUCACCCUCUUUAAACCUGCUCCUCACCCAUUUUUAAACCUGCUCCUCACCUUCUUUAAACCUGCUCCUCACCCUCUUUAAACCUGCUCCUCACCCGUUUUUAAACCUGCUCCUCACCUUCUUUAAACCUGCUCCUCACCCGUUUUUAAACCUGCUCCUCACCUUCUUUAAACCUGCUCCUCACCUUCUUUAAACCUGCUCCUCACCUUCUUUAAACCUGCUCCUCACCCUCUUUAAACCUGCUCCUCACCCUCUUUAAACCUGCUCCUCACCCUCUUUAAACCUGCUCCUCACCCGUUUUUAAACCUGCUCCUCACCCGUUUUUAAACCUGCUCCUCACCUUCUUUAAACCUGCUCCUCACCUUCUUUAAACCUGCUCCUCACCUUCUUUAAACCUGCUCCUCACCCGUUUUUAAACCUGCUCCUCACCCUUUUUUAAACCUGCUCCUCACCCUCUUUAAACCUGCUCCUCACCUUCUUUAAACCUGCUCCUCACCUGUCUAAGUUGAUGAUAAAGAUGGUCAUGUUAAUAAAUAUAAUGAGGAUAACGGCGAUGAUUGUUACCCGUGUGUCUCAGCCCCGUCAGAAGGCGACCUCUCAGCAGACGAGUUUAGACUCAGCAGGACUGCGGUCACCAUCAGGACGGGUACGAAACAUCUACUUCAUAUGGAGACAGUGUCUCUGCUGUCUGUGGAGACGUGAUGCUAAUAGCUGUCCGUCUCCGUCACACAGGGGGAACCGGGGUCUCCGCCUUUCAGGAGAAACACAGGCCCCGCCCACCGCAGACACGUGCGCACCAUCCAGGAAGUCAGGACCACAGUCACUCGCAUCAUCACAGACGUUUAUUACGAGGACGGGAAAGAGGUGGACAGAAAGGUGUCCCAGGUAAGACAGGUGAACCUGUGUCCCUGAACAGGUGUCCAGCUCGUCCUCAGAGAGUCUUCAAUCCUGAGACAAAGAAAAUACAGACGUUUACAUCUGCCCCCGCUGUGAUGUCACAGGAGAGGGAGGAGCCAGUGGUGGACUGUCAGGUGUUGGACGGGGACAUCUCUCCAUGUAGGACAGGAAGCAGCUCGGUGACCUCAGGUGACCUGGCGGACGUCAGCUCACUGUCCUCAAAGGCGUCCAGCCUGCAGCACAGCUCGGGAGGAACCAGCAGCAGCGGCGGCUUCAUCAGGUCGGAGUUCAUCCUGCCGCCCAGCAGGGGGGGCAAGUCAACGAGGUACGCACAACAGAUCCUGAUCCAGGUCCAGGUCUGUGCUAGAGACCAGGAUCUGGCUCCUCUCUUUCCCUUUCCGCUCUCACCUGUCUCAUCUACCUGCAUGACUCUGUUUCACUGUCUCUGUCGAACAGAGAGACUCUCACCCGCCGUCUGAACCCUCAAACUGGAGCUCCAAACUCUGUCACUUAAAAACAGAAGAAAUUAGAAACAUAUAAAACACCUAUUUUAUAUUUUAUCACUUCAGUAUUUAAACUGAAGACCUGAUGAACUGAGAGUUAGACACGAUCAGCUCUUAAUGAAGCAGCGUCAUGAUGAUAACUAACUCUCUGAGGGCUCAGCCAAUCAGGAGUCAGACUGUGUGAGAGCCUCUCAGUCCGAACCUUUUCAGCACAGUUACAGCCGAUCAGACACAAGGAGUCAGGAACCCGACGAUCGAUGGCUUUGUCAUGUUUAGUUAGGGCUGGGCGAUAAAACGAUAUCUAUCGAAAAUUAAUUUCCCUCAAUAUCGAUAUAAAACAUGAUCAAUAUGCUUUUCAAUAGUCGUCAUUCUGACAUGUUUCAUUUUUAUAUCCGGAUAUGAAAAAAAUGUAUCGUGAUGAACUUUGUCCCAUACCGCCCAGCCCUGUGUGUUUGUAUCAGAGUGAAUGAAAAUCAAGACCACGCCUGGGACCACUGCUAGAUCGAGGCUGCCAGCUUUCUUCUGGUCUGUCUACCAAUCAUAGGCUGUAUCUGUGGUCAGCUGACUGAAGGUCCAGUGAGAAGCUGAGCUCUGUGGUCUGAGCAGUGACGGUGAUGAAACUCUUCGAUGAGCUUCGUCGUCGUUUCCACACAGACGAGGAUCAGUGAGCAGAAUCUCAAAUAUCAGUAAAAUCAGAGGAAAGACCAUGAAGGUGUUUCCAGGUGUCUUCUAGCCCCGCCCCUUUUUUACUUAUCAGUGAUGGUGAUUGGUUGGGUAUCACCAUGUGGUCUGUUAUUUCCGUUUCGGUCUCUGGUGGUCCGAUCGGCCUGACAGAGGUCCUGCAGUCUGACCUCAGUGUGAGGCUGCAGGUUCAGGUUCUGUCAGACUCCUCCCCUUUCUCCCCCCUUUGGAUAGCUCCCUAGCUGUCAUACUCCUCCCCCCCUCUCUGUGUCUGCAGCCCCCGCAGGGGAGGAGGGCAGCACCAGAGGGGUCCCCGGGGUCACAGGGGUCAGAGGGCGGGGUCGACGCUCACAGCAAACCACGGCCACGCCUCCCUGGGUCCCCGGGCCCUCACUCCUUUCACCCACAGAGGCAGAGCCAAGAGGGGUCGCCCCCCGUCCCGCUCCUCUCUGUCCAGGUGAGUCCUCUCUGUCCAGGUGAGUCAGUGUGAGGCUUCAGGUCAGGGGUCAGGGGUCAGGUGAGGCUAACAGCUGUAAGCUAACGCUCCCUCCUGUGUUUCUAUUAACUCUUUAUUUUCCCGCUCUCACUAACCUGCUGACUGUCGCCUCUCUGAUCCGAUCAGUAACCAACACUCUGAGUUUGGUGUUUGGGUCUGUAACGGUUUAUCGUCUUGACCUGCAGCUAGAAAAAAACAAUAAACCUACAAGACGAGACGUGACUGAAACUGGCUAAACAUGGGAGUGACGUGUUCAAUAAAAAAAUGAGUCUCCACAGGUCCGUUGGAAUAAUUAUCCUCCAUGAGUUUUAUUUACAACACACCAAUAAGUUCCAAAAGGUAAAGUUACAUGAAAAGAUACGAGUUCGUCCUUGACAAGUGCAAAAAACAAACUAAUUAACGGUCAACAACUUUUAUGCUCUCAGCGGUGACAAAACACACACACACCUGCAUCUAAUCAGCGCUAAAUAGGUUAAAGAGACAAGGAAACACUUCCACCUCACAUGCAGGUGGAGCCUCCUACUGGGAAAACAACAAAACUGCAUGAGAGAUUUAAAAUACACAAAUCUGGACUAUAGCACUAAACCAUACAGAUUGGCUCUAACGACGGUCCUGCAGAGUUUGAGACGGUUGAGAAAUCUUCAGAGUCGGUCUGUAAAUCUUUGAAAAAAGAUCUACGAAGGUUAUUAAAACAAUAGAGAUGAGAAAAUAUCAGACCGGGGAUCAGGGACGUUGUGGAGGCGGAGAACCAAUUUGUUUACAGUCAGAAAGAGCGGACCGCUCAAAAAUGUUCAAAUGUUGACGACACAGACAUAAGAGAACACAGAGAUAUCGAUAUAUUACCAAAUGUCAUCAAUAACUAAUAACUAUUGACUGAUAUUAGAAGAUUUUUUGUGAAUACACCACAUAAAAAAGAUGCUUUUUUAAUGGAUUCCUGCCUACAUCACCUUUAUUAUUAUUAUUAUUAUAAAAUGAUAAUAGUUAUAAUAAUAAUAAUAAUAAUAAUAAUAAUAUUAAAAAUAAUGAUAGUAUUGAUGGUAAUAAUGAUGAUGAUAAUACAAUAAUAAUAAUAAUAAUAAUUAUUAUUAUUAUUAUUGUUAUUAUAAAAUAAUAAUAGUUAUAAUAAUAAUAUUAAAAAUAAUGAUGAUAGUAUUGAUGAUAAUGAUGAUGAUAAUACAGUAAUAAUAAUAAUUAUUAUUAUAAAAAUAAUGGUGACAAUAUUGAUAAUAAUGAUGAUGAUGAUAAUUCAAUAAUAAUAAUAAUAAUACAACAGUAAUAAUAAUAUUAGUAUUAAUAAUGAAUAAAUCGUGUCAGUAUUAUGUUUGCAGAUAAAAACUCUGGAGCAGCUGUUCAGGUUAUUUUGAGCAGUUCUUCUCUUAUUUGAUGACAUGUAUUGACAUAUUAUCUUUCUCUUCCUCUCUCUCUCUCUCUCUCUCUCGCUCUCUCUCUCCCUGUCAGAGGGGGCGGAGUCAGCUCUGCAUACUCUCUCAGUGCUCACGCUCAGACUCUCUCUUCCUCUGAGGAUGAACCGUACGCUGGGAUACCGCCUGCUCGCCUCCCCGUCAGUCCAUCAGAACCUUCACCCUCCUCCCGCUCUGACUCCCUGCGCUCGUCCCCCGAGGAGGCAAGCUCGGCUGGGAGCAGCUUUGUGGGUCUGCGGGUCGUCGCCAAGUGGUCGUCUAAUGGGUACUUCUACUCCGGACGCAUCAUAAAGGACACCGGCGAUGCCAAGUUCCGUCUGCGCUUUGACGACGGCUAUGAGUGUGAGGUGGCGGGAAAAGACAUCCUGUUGUGUGACCCCAUCCCCGUGGAAACGGAGGUCACCGCCCUGCUGGAGGACCAGUAUUUUAGCACAGGUGAGGACAGGUAAUACAGCACAGGUGUGGUCGAGUCAGAACCACCUUCAGGUGAGUCAGUGACCUUUGUUCACUUGGACUUUAAGAUCCUAUCCUAGAGUGUUUUUAUUGGUCUGCUGUUUCCAUGGUAACAGUCACACCAGUCUGCAGAGAGAGGUCACUGUCACACUGAGAUGGUAACACUGUGUGUGUGUUUGUUUAGGGGUGGUAAAGGGCCAUAAGACGGAGGGCGAGGAGCUGCUGUACAGCGUGGAGAAGGACGGACAGAGACAGUGGUACAGCAGGACAUCUAUAAUUCUGUCUCUGGAUCAGGGGAACAAACUGAGAGAGCAACACAGCCUGGGACCGUAUGAACCCUCCACCCCCCUGACCAAGGCCUCCGACAUCAGCCUGGGUACACGAACACACACACACACACACACACAACUGUUUAUUACAGUUUAUUACAAUUUAUUUCACUCUAUUACAGUUUAUUACAGUCUAUUUCAGGUCAUUGCUGUUUAUAACAGUUUAUUAUAGUCUAUAACAGUUUAUCACGGUUUAUUACAGUCUAUAACAGUUUAUAACAGUCUAUAACAGUUUAUUAUAGUCUAUAACAGUUUAUUACAGUCUAUUUCAGGUCAUUGCUGUUUAUAACAGUUUAUUACAGUCUAUAACAGUUUAUCACAGUUUAUUACAGUCUAUAACAGUUUAUAACAGUCUAUAACAGUUUAUUAUAGUCUAUAACAGUUUAUUACAGUCUAUUUCAGGUCAUUGCUGUUUAUAACAGUUUAUUACAGUCUAUAACAGUUUAUCACAGUUUAUUACAGUCUAUAACAGUUUAUUACAGUCUAUAACAGUUUAUUACAGUCUAUUUCAGGUCAUUGCUGUUUAUAACAGUUUAGUAUAGUCUACAACAGUUUAUAACAGUCUAUAACAGUUUAUUAUAGUCUAUAACAGUUUAUCACGGUUUAUUACAGUCUAUAACAGUUUAUUAUAGUCUAUAACAGUUUAUAACAGUCUAUAACAGUUUAUUAUAGUCUAUAACAGUUUAUUACAGUCUAUUUCAGGUCAUUGCUGUCUAUAACAGUUUAUUAUAGUCUAUAACAGUUUAUUAUAGUCUAUAACAGUUUAUUACAGUCUAUAACAGUUUAUUACAGUCUAUAACAGUUUAUUACAUUCUAUAACAGUUUAUUAUAGUUUAUUUCAGGUCAUUGCAGUCUAUAACAGAUGAUUUUCCUGAAGAGGGGCCUGGUAACUGAAGACCUGACCUCCCAGACUAGUUUUAGGGCUCUGAAGAUCCAGGAAAAGGCCUCCUCUUUGUGUUUAUGGUUGAUAUUUGGUUGUUGUACCUCCUCUCUGAUCCCACCUUUGCUCCUCCUCAUCCUCCUCAGAUAACCUGGUGGAGGGGAAGAGGAGGCGCAGAGGAGCUGUCGGGGGGGAGAACAGCCCCCAGCGAGGCUCCUCCUCCAGUCCUCGUACUCCUCGGACACCCGGCCCCUCCUCUGGGAAGAGAAAACUACAGAGCUCAGAGGACGGCAGGACACCAUCCAAGAGGGGGCGCCGAGGAGGCGGAGCUAGAGCCGGUACAGAGAGACGCUCGCCACAUAAUGACAGAGACUGAAAAGAGGGGAGGGGCGGGGCUUAUGUCUGUAGUUACUCGUCUGUGUUUGUGUGUGUCUGAUGGUUUUAUGACAUCAUGUUCGUAAGUCUGCUGAGGCCUCUGACCAAUCAGCAGCUCCGGUUUUUACAGCUGGUUUUAUUUUUUAACCUUUUAAUGUUUGAUAAAGUUUUAGUCCAAUCAGUCUGCUGCUGCUUCUUCUUCUCUGUGGAACCUUCUGGAUUCUGGAGCUGAUGUCAAAGAUUUAAAGUUUUAUUCCCACCAUGAAGAGGUCUACGUGUGUGUGAGAGAGAGUGUGUGUAUGCCUGUGUGUGUGUCUGCAGAUGUGUGGCGCUGCUGCUGCUGCGGAGGCUGAAGGUAACUCCUGAUGACAUCAUCACUCACCUGUGUGAGCAGGGUGGGGGUGCACAGGUGGAGGGAGAGUGUUGGUGGUUCAUGUGGACUUUGGUGUCAGUGCAGGUUUUUCCAAGCGUUCCCUUCUGUCAGAUUUCACCUGAACACACUCAGUGCGUUUCCAUGACACUCGAGAAAACCGAAUUAUCGCCUUAUUCCGAUCAAGACUGGACAACUGAAGGUCAUGUAAACACCUUAGUCCGACUAUGAUCAGAGUUUAAGAACUCUGAUUAAGACACUCAGAUAAUGAGAUUGGAAUUCGAUUUUCUCUAUCAUGUAACCAGCGUAGUCGGAGUAUGAUCGGACAAUGAGCCAUGCCCCUGUAACCCCGUAACAAAACCCCCAGAGUAGAGGAGUAGCGUUGGUCUCAUCUUUAGAAAAAGUAGCGCGUCCAUCAUGUCGGACAAAAACAACGCUGUACGAUGCUCCAUCUUCUUGUUUCUCCAAAAUGCCCAGCAGCAGUUGUAGACACUUCUGACGUCUGACACCGACCUGCUGUUGUUGUUGACGGUUGUAUGGGGUCGGAAACAGCGCUGCUGAAAAGACCCAUAUCGCCCCCUAGUGUUGGGGAGGAGGACACGUUCACGUCAAUAAUUCAGAUUUCUCAGCUGCAUGUAAACGAGGACGAGGAGAGAAGUCUGAUUCAGAGAGAAAGACGAGUUAUGAUCUUAGUCCGAUUAAACUGAGACUGUAAACGAACUGAGUGACUCACCUGAACUCUCAGGUUCUGAUUUACUGAAGGGUUGUGUGUGAAAACGUUCAUGAAUUUACUGUCACCUGAAAAAAAAAAAAGAUGUCCUGUUUUUUUAGCGACAGUUUAACUUCAGGUUAAAUUUUUAUUUCAUCCGUUAAUAUCCUUGAUUUACUUCACUGACUCUCUCACUCACCUAUAGUGUUUCUUUUUGGUGAUAUUCUGAUCUCAGAGAUUAUCGUGUCAGAGUUACGUCUCCAGACUUAGAAACAAACUCCUCAAAGUUGAAGGUAUUUGAGAUUGGGGACAAAAACACUCCCAAAGUCUCAGGGAGAAGGUGAAGGUUUCUUCUUGCAGCAGAUAAAGACGUCGAUCAUGUCGAUCAAUAAAUAAUCUUCCUAUGAGUCGACUGUCCCAGACAUGUUUUACAGGUUUUAUAGAGUUCUGUAUGUCCCCCUUCCUUGUCCUCUGAGACUCUUCAUCAUCAUCAUCCAAAUCCCAAUCACCUGGAGAUCAUAUGCUGCACCUGACUGAAUUUUCACAGCGAAAACUCAAAGAUUUUCUGUCGGAAGAUUUUUCUUUAAACUCUGAUUGUUGAUCAGAAACAUCCUGAUGAUUGAGUUUGAUCAAUAUUUACUCUGAAGAAAGCAGGAGGAGGAGAGACGAGGAGACACUGAGGCAGAGAUCUGAGAAUUUAGGACGCUACAGGAGGGUUCACACACACACACACACACACACACACACAGAGUCAGAAAACAUGUUUACAGUCUGGAUAAACACAUCUGAGCGAGUUCACACUGACCUCUGUCUGUCUGUGUGUGUGUGUGUGUGUGUGUGUGUGUGUGUGUGUGUGUCUCAGCUCAGAGGACAGGUGUGUGUAACACCUCAGGUAGCGGCACUGACCUCCCCGGCCGCUCGAGCGAUGAUGUCACAGAGACUCACGGCCCGCUGCCCCAGAACGCCUCGCUCUUUCUUGGCUUCGCCUUCAUGCUGACGGCGUCGUCUGAGAACGACAGACUGACCAACAGACAGACCAGCGAGGAUGAGGAGGGUGAGGAAGAGCAGAGAGACAGCAGACCUGCUGACCUCAGACAUUAGAACAAUAUUAAUAAACAUGAUAUGAUAAUAAUGAUGAUAAAAUGUGAUAACGACCCUCUCAUGACCCGCAGACAUCGUUCAGACCGGACCCUACAAUAAAGCGUACACAGAGUCUCAGCUGCAGGCGGGGGGAGGAUUCAUCCUGCCAGACUUCAACGAGGAACAAGUGAGACACGCCCACACUGAGACACGCCCACACUCAGACACGCCCACACUGAGACACGCCCACACUGAGACAUGUCCACACCGAGACACGUCCACACUGAGACACGUCCACACUGAGACACACCCACACUGAGACACGCUCACACUGAGACACGUCCUCACUCAGACACGUCCACACUGAGACAUGUCCACACUGAGACACGUCCACACUGAGACACGCCCACACUGAGACACGCCCACACUGAGACACGUCCAAGCUGAGACACGUCCACACUAAGACAUGCCCACACUGAGACACGUCCACACUAAGACAUGUCCACACUGAGACACGUCCAAGCUGAGACAAGCCCACACUGAGACAUGUCCACACUGAGACACGCCCACACUCAGCUAGUCCACACUGAGACACGUCCACACUGAGACACGCCCACACUGAGACACGCCCACACUGAGACACGUCCACACUCAGCUAGUCCACACUGAGACAUGUUCACACUCAGACACAUCCACACUGAGACACGCCCACACUCAGCUAGUCCACACUUAGACACGUCCACACUGAGACACGUCCACACUGAGACACGUCCACACUCAGACACGUCCACACUGAGACACGUCCAAGCUGAGACACGUCCACACUAAGACAUGCCCACACUGAGACACGUCCACACUAAGACAUGUCCACACUGAGACACGUCCAAGCUGAGACACGCCCACACUGAGACAUGUCCACACUGAGACACGCCCACACUCAGCUAGUCCACACUGAGACACGUCCACACUGAGACACGCCCACACUGAGACACGUCCACACUGAGACACGCCCACACUCAGACACGUCCACACUCAGCUAGUCCACACUGAGACACGUCCACACUCAGACACAUCCACACUGAGACACGCCCACACUCAGCUAGUCCACACUGAGACACGCCCACACUGAGACACGUCCACACUCAGAUACAUCCACACUGAGACACGCCCACAUUGAGACACGCCCACACUGAGACACGCCCACACUCAGACACGCCCACACUGAGACACGUCAACACUCAGACACGCCCACACCGAGACACGUCCACACCCAGCUAGUCCACACUCAGACACGCCCACACUGAGACACGCCCACUCUGAGACACGCCCACACUGAGACACGCCCACACUCAGGACUGCAGAAACAGGCUGAAAACAGGCCGGCAGGGCUGUCCUGUAAGGUUUAGUCAUGUCGAUAGAGUUCAGUGAUGAACUGUGAAGGUAGAAGAGACGGAGAAACUCUGGUCCAAGUUUGGUGUUUUACUGCAUUGACAAUAACAGGACAGUGUUAUUAUCUCAGAGGACACACACACACACACACACACACACACACAGCUGCUCUCUGCAGUCUGUUUAUUUUGGUUUUCAACAGUCAGUGUGGGUUCAGCUGUGGUCAGUAUCUGCUGUCUGUGUGACUGCAGUCCAAAAAGAUAAAUCCGAGUUAAUUUUCAGGACAGGUGAGGUCUUCAGGUAAAUUCUGGAUCUGACAGUCGUCUUUAAAUUUAAAGGUGGUGUAGUCAGGAUCUGAGUUAGUUAGAAAUCUUGAAUGUAAACUCUACCCCUCCCAAACAGACGCUCCUGCUCGCUCGUAUCGUUCAAUUAAAUUCAGAUAUGAUGCAGAUAAAUACUUCCGAUCAUUAGAAAUGUGCUCGUGAACGACACGGGGGAGCAGCGUCUGCCUCACAACCAAUCAGGUUAGAGGAGGUGGAGAACGUCUUUGUUUACAGUCAGAAAGAGCGGACCGCUCAAAAAUGUUCAAAUGUUGACGACACAGACAGAAGAGAACACAGAGAUAUCGAUAUAUUACCAAAUGUCAUCAAUAACUAAUAACUAUUGACUGAUAUUAGAAGAUUUUUCACCUUUACUCGUUCACCUUUAAUAAUCAAUAUAGUUGAAUGAUUCUUGUAUUUGAGGUUAGCAGCACGUUUUUAGACAGGACUGAUGGACAGGUGAACUGGUUUUCUCUCUGUGCUGAAUUAACCUGUCUCCACAGGUGUGUUCUUUCUCAUGUAAAUUCUUUGCUCCGCCCCCUCAGUGUAAAGCAGCCUAUCAGAGCCUCCUGAUCGCUGACCAGCACUGCCGGACCAGGAAGUACCUGCUGUGUGUGGCGAGCGGCGUGCCGUGUGUGUCUCAUAUCUGGGUGCGAGACUGCUGCAAAGAGAACAAGCUGCUGAACUACAGGAACUACCUGCUGCCUGCGGGGGCGGAGCCAGGCGGCGCCAUUGUGGAGUGGUGAGGAUGAGGUUUACCUUACUUUUGACGAGCUGUUUGGGAUGUUUGCUCCCUCUGCACGUGGUCGUGUUUAAAAGGGAAAUAAUCCGGAUUAAUAAUCCGUCUGUCUAACAGGAUCAGAUUAACCACCAUCUUUACUGCAGGGAAAUGUUGCUGCAUGAAUUUCAGUCGUCAGUAUCAGUUCAUCCUGUUGGAUCUCUGUGUUCUCUCGAACCUUAGAUUAGUGCUGUCAUAGACAUAUAUUCAAGUAGAUCACCUACACAGACGGUCACCUCAUCAAAAUGUAACUCCAUGAUGAAACGACCCGGUCCAGAUUCACCUGCUCUUCAUUCUCUCCCCCUCCCCCCCUCAGGCACCCUCGCUGCAGCCCGUUCAAGUCUCUGCGGGUUCUGGUGGCGUUGGAGCAAAGCGAGGAGCUGUGGACUCAGCUCAUCAGUUUAGGAGGCGGAGCCACAGUCGGGCACAGUCAGAGCAACGACGGGGCAGGUACAUCACACACCUGAGAGAAUAUACCUUACGUAAAACUAUACCUUACCUGAGUCUGAAGAACACACCUGAGAAUAUACCUCACCUGAGAACAUACUUCACCUGUGAAUAUACCUCACCUGAGAACAUACCUCACCUGUGAAUAUACCUCACCUGAGAAUAUACCUCACCUGAGAAUAUACCACACCUGUAUGUUAAGAACACACCUGAGAACAUACCUCACCUGUGAAUAUACCUCACCUGUGAAUAUACCUCACCUGAGAACAUACCUCACCUGAGAAUAUACCUCACCUGAGAAUAUACCUCACCUGUGAAUAUAUCACACCUGUAUGUUAAGAACACACCUGAGAACAUACCUCACCUGUGAAUAUACCUCACCUGAGAAUAUACCUCACCUGUAUGUUAAGAACACACCUGAGAACAUACCUCACCUGAGAACAUACCUCACCUGUGAAUAUACCUCACCUGUAUGUUAAGAACACACCUGAGAACAUACCUCACCUGUGAAUAUACCUCACCUGAGAACAUACCUCACCUGUGAAUAUACCUCACCUGAGAACAUACCUCACCUGUGAAUAUACCUCACCUGUAUGUUAAGAACACACCUGAGAACAUACCUCACCUGAGAAUAUACCUCACCUGUAUGUUAAGAACACACCUGAGAACAUACCUCACCUGUGAAUAUACCUCACCUGUGUCUAAAGAGCACACCUGUCUUUCAGAUGUCCCCUCGGGGAAGUUUGACGUCGUUCUGACGGACCACACCUGCCCCCCGUCGAUCCAGAAACAGAUGACAUCACAGGAAGUUCCGCUGGUCUCGGCAGAGUGGAUCAUCCAGAGCAUCAUUCGGGGGGAGAAGCAGGGUUACCAUAGCAACCCGGAGUAUCGCCAUGACUACUCGUCCUCAUAG